AUGCUCAGAGCAGCUGCAGCCGUGAGUGCGAUGGGGACCCCCAAAGGUGCGGCCACAGCUCUGGUGCUGUCACCUCUCUCUGCCCUUCUCAUUGCCGUUGUGCUCACUGCCAUACUGCUGCUUGCCAGGACUCUCCACAAGGCCACUUGUGGCCAGAUCCCACCGGUGGGUCCUUUUGCGUGGCCUCUGGUGGGCAAUGUCCUGCAGCUGGGCCAUCUGCCCCACCUCACCUUCAUGCACAUGGCGUGCCACUAUGGAGCCAUCUUCCAGCUGCACCUGGGCCAGCAGCGGGUGGUGGUGCUCGAUGGUGAGGUGGCGAUCCAGCAGGCAUUGAUGGGGCUGGGCACAUGCUUUGCCGGCCAGCCUGACUUCCCUUCCUUCGGGCUGGUGUCUGGUGGGCGCAGCGUCACCUUUGGGAGCUGCUCACCCCAAUGGCAGGCACAGUGGCGGCUGGCCCAUGCUGCCCUAAGGGCUCGUUCAACGGUGGCCGAUGUGGAGUGGCACGUGGCGGCCGAGGCAGGUGACCUGGCGCAGCUUUUCCGGAGGCACAGCCAUGGUGGUGCUUAUUUCCAGCCCUGCCUGCUCUUAGUGGUGGCCAACACCGAUGUCCUCUGUGCUCUCUGCUUUGGCCACCGCUAUGACCAUUCUGACAGCGAGUCCACGCCGGACAUCUAUGCAAAGGUGCAAUCAGUUAUUUCAAUUGAUUCAAUGAGGAUGUUUUAG